AUGCCCGCGUCCCGACGGAAAAAUCUGCUCGCGAGCAGACGGCGGCGACAAGAUGAAGGAGAGGAAGAAGGAUCUGUCCUAGGUGAUUUUGAGGAUGAUUCUUUGAGCGAGGGCUCCGCGGUGACGAAUGGCGAUGACGGAGAAUUUGAAGGUAGUGAGUCCAGCGGAGACGAGCGAGACCCGGUUCAAGAAACUACAUCAGCAAGAGCAGCUGCAACAGGGCGAGAUCACAGAGGCCAUGAUCUUGUAACCUCUAAUGAGGACUCCUCAAAAUCUAAGGGUACCUUUAGACACUCGGCUGACACCGAAGCCAUGUUGCACGGGUUGAGUCAAGUUCAGCAGCCGCAAGAGAUGGAACAGCUGCAGUUUGACAAUUUGCCUGCUUCGACGGAUGCUGGUGUGGUCCAGGCCGGUGCCGCUCCACCAAAGGUUCUUCGACAGGAGACUACUGCUCAGCGCUCUCGCAGGGAGCAUCAGGAGUAUAUCCGGCAGAGAAACGCAAACCCCGCCUUUGUCCCUACCAGGGGUGGAUUCUUCCUCCAUGAUGACCGGAACUCGUCCUCCAUCGGGCUGAACUCGAGACCUUUCGCGCGAGGCAGAGGUCGGGGCUAUGGAGCUGCAAUGGGCACAGGACGAGGAAUCGGUUUCAAUGAGCCGACAGACAAGCCUUGGGCGCAUGAUCUCCAUGAAGAGCAUGAAAACAAGACCAAACCAAUGCACCCAGAAACCAGGCCAAUUCCUGCGCCAGCUGAAACGGGGAAGGAACAGAACAAAGUUAAAGCCACUUCGACGGCUCCGAAUCGAUCAUUUUCCUUCGCGUCCAUUGUGGGAAAUGUCAACGUCCAAAUAUCAUUUCCAGGCAUGGCUGAGAAGAUCAUGGUACCAAAUGUCGUCAAGAAGCACCAUGUUUUGCUUCCGCAGCAUCGCCCGCCACUGAGAAGAGACAAGCCUGUACGUGUCUCUAUCCCUGGUGCAGCGCCGCGAUAUAUCUUUCCUAGCGUGGAUCGAUCGUUCAUCUUCAUUCCACGGGCUUUACGCCCUAAUCAAACAGGCUUCGCACGCGGUCGUGGCAGAGGCAGCUUUCAAGGAAGUCGCAGAUCGAGCAUAUAUGGUGGAGGAUAUACUCCAAGUGUUGCCAUGAGCCGGAAGUCUUCCAUGGGAGCAUCCACCUUGGGAGAAGGCAUCAAAUCUCCUGCAGACUCGGUCAUUACUCGCGCUGUCGCCACCGGCAAUGAAAGCAGCCGGCCAGUGGUCCGUAUGCCCUCUGGGGCUCCUACGCCAUCUCUCUCAAGGACUGGGUUACCGGUGAUGAAUGGCCAGGUGCCGAUAAAUGCAGCACCGACACAAAUGCAAGCGCCUGCGAUGUAUGGGAGUCACCCUGCUGCCAUUCCCAUGCACCAACCCCGUCCCCAGAAAACUGUCUCGGUGGCACAUAUCGAGUCACCGGCUGCAUAUCAUUUCAAAGCUCCGCAGCAGCAGCAAGACCUAGCGUUUCAUCAACAAGUCCCCGCCCACAUCUCAAACCCCUACAUGGAGGAUAAGACUGCUGCCCCAUCUGGUCAGCCGAUAUUUUCGGGAAUGGCUGGAGUGACACCUCUUUCGCAGAUACCAGAAGGAGCGGUGUUUGCACCAGGCUUUCAACCAUACCCAGUCAUGGGUGGGACGGCAUAUUUCGGGGGCCCUUACAGCAAUGGAGCUGUUUUCUAUCCACCAAUUCCUGAUGCCAGCUCUUUUGGAGUUUCGAUGGCAGGCCCAGCACUGGCACCGAGUUUCAUUCCCGGUUCGCAAUCACACCCGAUGAGCUACUUGCCUGCCGCAGGACUUGUGGAAGGCAAUAUGUUGGCGCACGAGUCGAACGGCAUGGUCUACUACUACAACUCGACUAUGUUCGCUCCUGAAGCUCAGGGCGGAAUGCAGCAAUUCCCAAUUGCUCCCAACGGAAACAUGAUGCCACUGAACAAUGGAAUGCCGGCUCAAGCUCCCUAUUACUACUCUUCUGCCCCUGCUGGCAUGUUCUAUCCUGCGCAUUCUGGCUGA